UUGAUGAACAAAAGAAAACUUUUUUGAAUGUUGUGAAAAUUAAAAGUACUUUGACGUGAUAAAUCAGGAAUCUAAAGAAUUAAACAAGGGCUUCUUUUCACAGAUUAGACUGCUCCUGCCACGAACACAUCAGCUUUAAAAAAAGCAUCUCCAAUGAACUGGCUGAAGUUUAUCUUGAAAUGAAAAGUUUGCAACUCCAGAACAAAGUUUCACCGAUACUGGUUCGGAGGAUAGGAGAAGUAGUAAAGCGUCUUGAUAACACACAACAACUAUCCACUGAAGCAGGCGAGAAUGUCAGAGGUGAUACUAAGUUACCUUUGGAUGUGUGUCCAGAAGUUUACAAAGGAACAAAUUAUGGGUACCCACUGUAUGAGAAAGGUUGGAUCAUGAACAACUGUACCAAUGUUAAACCUCUUCGUUCUGUUUUAAGUGUGCUGUUUAACACUGUUGCGUAUCCCAAACAAGAUGAGGGUCACAUUAAAACGGUUUUAAAAGGCAUAUCAGACACCUACCAAACAGUUCAGGUUUAUUUGGCAACGAGUAGUAACAAUGUAAGAGAAGCUGUCGAAAAGUAUGAAAAUGUUGACGUUGUCUGGAUUGAUAAAGCACACGUAGUUAAAGGGUGGAACACACUGGCAGGCAAAGCCUCUACCCCUUAUGUGCUCAUUGCACGUGAUGUGUUUCACUUCACAUGGCUAACACAACUUGAGAGGCAGAUUCGUGUCAUCAGUCAGAUACCACAUGUUGGAGUCGCUGGUGGAUCGUACCGUAACUUCUCUGGUCACUGGAAAGCAGGAUGUGUUCAAACUACAAUGAAGAACUACGUCUUAAAGUACCAAGAAGGAUACUUUCACUCAAAGAAUGAGUGUAUGUUCUGUGAUUAUCUACAAGGACCUUUUGUCACCAAAAAAAGUCUUUUUAAAUUAGAUGAGAAGCUUCCAAAUGAAGUUGUGUUUGAAGACUGGUUUUCAAGUAUUGUCCAAGAAGGCAGCCUAGUUAUGUCAUGUCCAGAUGCUAUGUAUUUUACAACAGAUUACUGGUCAUAUUCCAAGAGAAAUGAUAGAAAUGUCUGGACACCUUUGGCUAAAAAGUGGCAACUUAAUCGAGUGUUACUACCCGGGGGGAUAAAGCAUUCUUUUUCCUGUAAAGAUAUUGGUUUUACAUGCAGAGCACACAGUGAAUUACUGCCAGUUUGUUGCGGGGAAGCAUACGCGGAUGCAUUGUCUUUUUUUCAGAAAUUCACUGAUGCCCACAACAUUUCACUCGAGCUUAACGCUGGCUCCGCACUAGGUGGUGUUAAAGGUAAUGGUCUUCUCCCUUGGGACCUUGACGGAGACAUACUUGUAUCAGCAAAGGCUAUCGAAAUCUUCAGCAAGGAAGACACCAUCCAAUAUUUUCGGGAAAAUGGUUAUACUCUCAGUAAUUACGAACCACUGAAAUAUAAUAAGCCAGAUAUACUUGAUGGUUAUUCUAAGGUUACUUUCAACUCAUUUUAUAUUGAGGUGUGGGGACUCAUGGGCGCCAGCAAUGCAAAGAAUCUUCCACCAGAGCUAGGUAGACAGCACACAACAUUUACGAAAGCAAACAUUCAUGGAAAGUGGAUUUAUACACCCUAUAGUCCUGGUUUGUAUGCUAGAAAUCGAUACGGAAGAGAAAUCUUAAAGCAUUCGCAAUCGUGGAUUAAGCUAGGAUUAAAACAUAGUUAUGUCGAGUAUGAUCCGGGUAGUUUCAAGCCCUGUGAGAAUCCAAGACAUCACGGGUGUCUGAGCCGUUUCCCUGGUGAUGGUAAUAUUCCAUAUUUUGUUCCGUAAAACAGGAUACAGUUUUAGCUGUUGCACACCAGCUUGGUUGUUAAUUGUAAGUAGCCAGGCUUGUCAUAGCGAUGUUCUUUUCUUUAAUAGAGACUUCUUAUUGGAAUGUAUUAAAUGAUUCUUAAAGUUACGUAAUAACUAGUUUCUGCUUAAUUAAAUAGAACUGUAACGUACAGUGCCAGUUUGUUACAUCCUGUAGUUUGCUCUCGUUUACAAUCUAGAUUGCAUUCUCGGUUACAUCCUGAAGCACUGAACUCUGAGACACAUGCCCUCUUAAUUUAAUUUAACAUAAUUUAUAUAGCGCUAACUCCACUA